AUGUACAGUUCAGCUAUCCUAUUCGAUAACUUCGUAUAUCUUCCUAUCAUGACGGACCUCACUUUCACCGUUGAACCAGGCCAACUUGUCGCUUUGGUGGGUCCAUCUGGUGGCGGAAAAUCGAGUUGUAUCGCUAUGUUGGAGCAUUUCUACGAACCUAAUGGAGGAGAGGUCCUUCUGGAUGGAGUUCCUAUUCGCGAGUAUAACCACAAGUACCUGCAUACAAAAGUUGCUCUAGUCGGUCAAGAACCGGUGCUGUACGCCAGAUCCGUCACGGAGAAUAUUGGUUACGGAUUGUGGAUACCUACAGCAAUGAUGACGUGCAAACGUCAGCAAAGCUCGCCAAUGCCCACAGCUUUAUCAUGGACACAAGCGACGGGUACAACACGAAUGUCGGCGAGAAAGGAAGCCAAAUGUCAGGUGGACAGAAACAACGUAUUGCUAUUGCUCGAGCGCUGGUACGAGACCCAGUGGUUUUGCUGCUCGAUGAGGCCACAUCCGCUCUUGAUUCGGAAAGUGAGCAUUUGGUACAAGAGGCGAUCUCGAAGAAUCUCAAAGGUCGCACGGUGGUUCUGA